UGCUGUCCUUUGCCACUUGCACUCGCCGAGACAGAGCAAGCGGGAUUCUCCGAGCAAUGGCGGACAAGACAGAGGCCGAAGGCAAUGGUGCAUCUGCUGCUGACACUACCACCACCCAUGAGGAUGGUCUCAUCGACUUCCCCUUUAAGCUGGAGUCACAGUGUCUGCUGUUGCCGCACUAUGCCGACUGCUCCAAAGUUGGCUAUGUUCUUGAAGGAAGAGCUGUGGUUGGGGUGAUACUGCCGGGGGAGACCAAAGAAAGGGCGGUGCUGAUCAAGAAAGGAGAUGUGAUCACCGUGCCCAAAGAAACCUACACAUGGUGGUACAACGACGGGGACACCGACUUCUCCAUCAUAUACCUGGGCGACGGCGCCGCCGGUCUCACCCAGGGCUUGAUCACCUACUUCUUAGUUGCAGGCCAAGCGGCGGUCUACAAUGGCCUCUCCACGGACUUCCUCGCCAAGGCCAGCGGAGUGAGCCAAGAAGCGGCGGCCAAGUUCUUCUCGAGCCAGGCCGGCAUCCAGAUCAUCAAACCGGAGAAGAAGCUGUGCGUCAAGACUCACGACCGCGACCGCCACGGGAUCGUCCUGCACGAGGACAGCGCCCGGUUCAGCAACCACGUCCCCUGUGGCGGCCACGUCGUGUCGAUGACCAAGGACAACCUCGCCGCCCUGGAAGGGCGGUUCAGGUUCUCCAUCAACAUCACCAAGCUCGAGCCCAACGCCAUGCGCGUCCCGGGGUUCUUCCCCGCCAUCCAGCUCGUGUACAUCACCAGAGGCAGCGGACAAGUUCAGAUCAGCGGCGUCAACGGCGCCACCAUCAUGGACAAGGAGGUGGCAGCAGGAUGCGUGUUCGUGGUGCAGAAGUUCUACGUGAUGGCGGCGGUCGCGGGCAGCGAGGGGUUGGAGUGGUUCUCCAUCAUCACCAGUGAGAGGCCCAUCUUCCACCCGGUGGUGGGGAAGACGUCGCCGCUGAGCCUCACAAACGCCGACGUCCUCGAAGCAUCUCUGGGCGUGACCUCGGACUUGCUGAAGCUCGUGAGGGCGCACGGCAGCUCGCAUGAUGUUAUCGUAGCUGCGCCAAAAUAAGAGCGACUCCCGGCGUUACCAGAUGCGUCUGCUGGAACUAAACUGGUCUCGAUCUACCUGCUUUGGUUUGCUUUGGUGUGAUGCAAUAAGCAGUGUCCGAUGCAAGGCUGAGAGUGUAAUCUGUGAGUGCUUAUGUCUCCAAUAAGGAGGAGCAAUAGUCUCUUCUCUAUGAUAUAUUUGAUCUGCUUUCUUACCUUC